AUGUCGCAAGUACACGCCCUCUCCGACGACCAGGUCGCCGGCGAGCUCAAGAAGAUGACGGCCUUUAUCCGGCAGGAGGCCAUGGAAAAGGCCAACGAGAUUCGCCUCAAGGCCGACGAGGAGUUCGCCAUUGAAAAGUCCAAGCUCGUGCGCCAAGAGCAGGCCUCGAUCGACUCGUCCUAUGAGAAGAAGUUCAAGCAGGCCAGCAUGUCGCAGCAAAUCACACGCUCCACCCUCUCCAACAAGAGCCGGUUGCGCAUUCUGUCCGCCCGCCAGGAACUGCUCGACCGCUUGUUCGAGGAGGCGGGCAAGAAGCUCGGUGACGUAUCCAAGGAUAAGACCAAGUACCAGGCCAUCUUGAAGGACCUGGUGCUCGAGGGUGCCUACGCCCUCAACGAGGACAAGCUGCAGAUCAAGGUGCGCAAGGUGGACAACGACCUCGCCAAGAAGGCCAUUGAGGAAGCACAAAAGGAGUACAAGGCCAAGCUGAACAAGGAGGUCGCCAUCACCAUUGAGGAGAGCGACCCGCUACCAGAGGGAUCCGCUGGGGGUGCUAUGAUUGUCGGUACCAAUGGCAGAAUCGACAUCAACAAUACCUUCGAGGAGCGAUUGAAGCUGCUCGAAAGCCAAGCUCUGCCCUCCAUCAGGGUCACAUUGUUUGGAGAGAAUGCGAACAGGAAGUUCCACGACUGA